AUGGCAACAUACGAGGUCGAACACGACAUCACGGACCCGCGUACAACUGACCAGCCUCGUGUCCGCCGUCCCGAUCUCUCGACCUUCUUUGCCACCCUUUCAGAAAUCACCCCGAACCCCUCAGAAACCCGUACACGACAGCAUGCCGUUCCCGUGCCUGGCGACGUCAGCGCUGCUUUCCGCUCGCUCGCCGAGGCCUUUGAUGUGAUGAGGCGAGAGCAUGAAUCUGGCGGCGUCGAUAUCGAUAGCGCAGAAGCAGAAGACGACCACCAUGGCGCUGCUCUGAUUGAUCAAAUGAUCGAGGCCUUAGUUCAAGGAGCCGAACUGCCACCCAGGGAAGUCGAGGGUGUCAACGAGGAGUUUUGCGACUUACUCGACCGCGUUCCCCGCUCAGCCCUUACGCCCUCGCAAUCGUGUCCGAUUUGCAGUAAUCCAUUUCUAGACGACCCUUAUCCUCUUGUUGUCCGAUUACCUUGCCAUACCACACACCUUUUCGAUCUUGAAUGUGUACGGCCCUGGCUUCGUCUUCGAGGUACAUGUCCGCUUGACCGGACGGAUUUUGGAAAACAGCAGCGCGAGAAGGAAGCAGAACGAAGAAAGCUACAGGAAAAGCGGAGGGCCACUGCUGCCGCAGAGGAGGAUGGUGACGAGGACGAUUGGGAUGGAAUGUAUGGUUAG